GUUUCCGUUAAUGUGAGUGGUAGUUUGCUGGAGAAAGAGCGACCAUAAUAUUGCAGUGGGAGACGGCCCCGAGAAAAGCGCCCGAAGAAAAUCAGCAUUCGGGUCGGUGAGUGAAGACAAGAUGGCGUCGUCGGUGCGUGCGGAGGAACAUGGUAUCGGUGUGAGUGGAAUGGCACGGGAGCGGGACCGUGGCGGAGGUCCCCAGACUAGCGAGCAGGCAGAAUGUGUAUCCAUUAUGGAAAGUGCGACACUACAUUCGUCGGCCGAGCGGAAUGUGAUUAGAUUAUCAGCGAGUAGAAAGUGUAAGAGAAAACGGCGUGAACCGGCGUCGGUGUUGGCAAUGGUGUACGGUGGAUCCGAUGAUGGAAGCAUACCAGCGCCGGAUGUAGCCCUUCCGCACCGGCCAUAUCUCAGUGGAAGUCACAGUAAUUCCAUUAAAAGCCCUAAUCACGCGGACAAUAAUGUAUGUACCGAGGCAGCGAAGGGCGCCACCAUGCGGCAACGCAACAGCUCUCUCAAGCAGCAACCCCAGAACAGUGUGGGAUCGAAUGUGGACAAUAACAGCAACUACCAUUGCCAGCAGCUUGCGAGAACGACACCAACGACGACGAGGGUGGCGGUGAUAACGCCGUCCACCUCCCAAAGCAAAGCACAUCAAUCGUUUGGCCUCGCUUCAGCAUCCACACUAUCACCAGCAUCAUCAUCAUUAUCAUCAUCCUGGUCGUCAUCUUUACCGUUCAGCCUGCCAAAGAUCCUGAGCAAUGCCAUGGUAACAGUUCGGCUGGCCAAGUUGUUACUGCUAGGCCUACUGCUGUCCCAACUCGGAGCCGGUUGCUCUGGGUUCGUGCUGGACGGUUCGCAGAAUAGUUUUGCACAGUUCCGCAAAUGGUACACCGGGCUCAAUGGGUCACUGGAGCUCGAGUUCAAAACGGAGCAACCGAACGGACUCGUGCUGUACACCGACGACGGUGGCACGUUCGAUUUCUUCGAGCUGAAGCUGGUUGAGGGUGCCCUUCGAUUGCGAUACAAUCUUGGCGGUGGCGCACAAAUCAUUACCGUCGGUAGAGAUCUGCACGAUGGCCACUGGCAUAAAGUACAGGUAAUGCGCAACGAUGAGCAUACAACGCUGACCGUCGACGGUGUCUCGCAGAGUCGCAGCUCCCGAGGGAAGGAGUUUCUGUUCGGCAAGUUCGCUACCAACUCGGACGUCUUUGUCGGUGGUAUGCCCAACUGGUACAACACCAAGCUAGCCCUGCUAGCGCUGCCCAGUGUCAUCUUUGAGCCACGGUUCCGAGGAUCGGUGCGAAAUCUGGUGUACUCCGACCAACCGGGCGUCUCACCACGAAGGCAAGAGAUGCGACAACCGCGAGACAUCAAGUGUGGAGAUUCACCCUGCGAUUUGACGGCGAUGCCACGAGAAAAAGUCACACGGCAACUUCGCACCAACGUUACGGAUGCCUGCGAGCGUCACGAUCCUUGCCAGCACGGUGGCAUCUGCAUAUCAACCGACUCGGGUCCAAUCUGCGAGUGUCGAAACGUGGAAUACGAGGGAACGUACUGCGAACGAGACAAAGCACCAUCGGAGGCAACGUUCCGUGGAACCGAGUUUCUCUCGUACGAUUUAGGACAGACGGGCGGUGAACCGAUCGUUAGCGCCCAGGAUGCCAUCACGCUAUACUUUCGUACUCGCCAACCGAACGGACUACUUUUCUACACCGGUCACGGAACGGAUUAUCUGAAUUUGGCGCUUCGCGAUGGUGGCGUUUCGCUGACCAUGGGUCUAUCGAACGGAAAGCAAGAAAUGCACAUCAAACCUUCCCGCGUACGCUUCGACGACCAUCAAUGGCACAAAGUUACGGUCCAUCGGCGAAUCCAGGAGAUCUCAUCGAUAACGAGCUUCUGUCGGCUGGUCGCCGUGGUGGACGAUGUGUACACGGACCAUUCGCACAUCGCUGGCAAGUUCACGAUGCUCUCGUCGUCCCGGGUGUACGUGGGUGGUGCAGUUAAUCCUCGAGCACUUCUGGGAGCACGUGUGCACAACAAUUUCGUUGGCUGCCUGCGUAAGGUCGAAUUUUCUGCCGAUACACUGCGGCUCAAUCUCAUCGAUCUGGCCCGUACCGGAUCAAAGCUGAUACAGGUGGCCGGGCGCGUUGAUUAUACGUGUCCAUCCGGUGACCCGCAGGAUCCGGUUACAUUCACCACUCGGGAAUCGUAUCUGCUACUACCACCGUGGGACGCUUCGAAGCAGGGCAUACUGUCAUUUAAAUUUCGCACAAACGAGCCAAAUGGAUUAAUAAUCCUCAACACAAUGACCCGAGCACCGAAGAGUAACUUCUUCGCGGUCGAGCUGCUGAAUGGACACAUCUACAUCCACAUGGAUCUUGGUUCGGGAGCGGUAAAGGUGCGUGCAUCAAGACGCCGAGUGGAUGACGGUGUUUGGCACGAGCUGUCACUGCGUCGGAAUGGGCGGGAUGGAAAGGUUGGUGUGGAUGGUCAGUGGAACGAGUUCCGGACACCGGGAGAAGCGUCCCAGAUGCAGCUCGAUAGCCCUAUGUACAUCGGUGGCAUUGGGCCACCGUAUGCGGAGAUUUACAUUCCACCGGCCAUCUGGACUGCUACGCUACGGCAGGGAUUCGUCGGAUGUUUGCGAGACCUUACACUGUCUGGCAAACCGGUGGAUAUUGCACACAUUGCUCGGCAACAGGAUUCAGGAGCCAUCAAACCGUCGUGUCACGUGAUAGCCAACCAGUGUGGUGGUCAGGUCUCGCCGUGCCAGAACGGUGGUCAAUGUACCGAAGGUUGGAACCGACCACUUUGCGACUGUUCGGCUACCCUAUUCACUGGACCGACCUGUGGCCGCGAAUCAGCCACACUUGCCUUCAAUGGAUCGCAGCACAUGGCCGUUUGGAUCGGUGGAACACAGGGCAGUCGAACGCAGACGGAAGAGCUGGUCAUACGCUUCAAAACAUCACGGCCAGCCGGUUUGUUGCUGCUUACCAGCGCCGAAUCUAGCUCAUCCGAUCGGCUCGAGAUCGGUCUGGUGGCUGGUCGAGUGCGUGCCAACGUUCGACUUGGAGAUCGCGAAAAGAACUUGCUCGCCGGUCUGACCGUCCUAAACGAUAACAACUGGCACACGGUGAGAUUUUCUCGCCGUGCGUCAAAUCUGCGGCUGCAAGUUGACGGGACACAGCCCGUCAGGGGUAUGUUAUCUGAAGCAAUUCUCGGACGGCACAGCACGCUCGAGGUGAAAUCCAUCCAUCUGGGCGGUUUGUUCCACGCGGAGGAAGAAAUCCAGAUGACUGCCGCCAUGCCGAACUUUGUCGGUCAGCUGCAAGGGUUCGUCUACAACGGGCAUCGAUACAUCGAUCUCGUGAAAUCGCUCGGCCCGGAGCUUUCAUCGCUGCCGACGACAACGUUCAAGCUGACGGCACGGUUCGUAAACUCGCCGCCCGGCUCACCGUAUCUGCCGGCAACGUUCCGAUCGAAGCACUCGUACGUUGGCUUGCCGAUCCUGAAGGCCUACUCGUCCGUCUUUAUCGAUUUCCGCUUCAAAACACUCGAACCGAACGGGCUGCUCUUCUACAACGGUGGCAAGAGGACCGAUUUUGUGGCGGUCGAGUUGGUUAAUGGACAUAUCCAUUACGUGUUCGAUCUGGGCGAUGGACCGAUCACGUUGCGCGAUAAGGCCCGCAUACACAUGAACGAUAAUCGGUGGCAUUCGGUUAGCAUCCGCCGUCCCGGACCGAAAACGCACACGCUCGCGGUGGAUGAAUCGAUUGAGAUUUAUACGGCCAGUGGUAAUAAUAUGCAUCUCGAGCUGGAAGGCAUCCUGUACGUUGGUGGUGUGUUUAAGGAUAUGUACACCCGGCUACCAUCGAGUAUUGCGUCUCGGUCCGGUUUUGAAGGAUGCAUUGCAUCGGUGGAUCUGGCCGAUACGUCACCCAGCCUGACGGAGGAUGCUGUGGUGCCGAGUUCGUUGGUAGUGUCCGGUUGCGAAGGUCCUACCAAGUGUAGUCAGAAUGCGUGUGCUAAUCGGGGUGUUUGUGUGCAGCAAUGGAACGCCUAUGCGUGCGAGUGUGACAUGACUUCGUUCACCGGUCCGACAUGCUACGAUGAAUCCAUCUCCUACGAGUUCGGUAACAACAAAGGCCUCAUACAGUACAACUUUCCACCGGGACGCCAACCCGACACAGAGGAGGACAGUAUAGCGCUUGGAUUCGUUACGACGAAAUCGGAUGCAGUGCUGCUACGCAUCGAAAGCUCUACGACGCAGGACUACAUCGAGAUGGAGAUUGUGGAAGGAAAUGUGUUUACCGUGUACAACGUUGGCACACAAGAUCUCCCAUUGGGCGAAGUGGCGGUCAAGGUGAACGACAAUAACUACCACAUAGUGCGCUUCACCCGCACAGGAGCUAAUGCGACGCUACAGAUCGACGAUUACAACGUCCAGACGGUGUCUUCGAUCGGACACCAAUCGACCGUGUUUACAUCGAUGGCCAACAUACAGGUCGGUGGCAAGAUUGCACGCAACGGACGUUCGCGCAUCGAGCGACCCUUCAGCGGAGUGAUCGCCGGCCUGUCCGUCAAUCGGCUGCGCGUGCUCGAUCUGGCCGCGGAGCGCGAUCCGCACAUCAAUGUUCGGGGCGAUGUACAAUUGGUAACUGGCGUUUUAGAUAGAAAUGACCAAAGAAUGCAGCAGAACUCUUCCGAUCAUUUCAAGACCCCGGCCAGCGGCUAUCCAGGCGUGAUGGACGAUCUGAUCUUUAGUGGAGCCGGUUCCGGUUGCCGUGGGGACGAUGAGGACGAAUGUACACCACCGUUCGAGAAUGGUUCGGGCGAUGAUUUGAUCACACCGGUGUACGUGCCGCCAACGAAGCAAACGGCCACCACAUCGUCCGGCGGUAAGGAUGGUUCGGGUGCACGGGGUCGAGGUAAGCCAGGGGAGAAGCUGUGCGAUGAUGAGGAUUGUCUGCACGGAUCGGGCAGUGGCGAGGUGACGGAGGUGUUCACGACGUCUACGGCACGAAGUUCUGAAACGAGCCCCGAAAUGACCUACACGACGGUAGAUUUUGAUAGGAAAACGGAUGGCACACCGACGUAUACGACCCAGCGCCGCACGCCCGAUACGUACUCGUCGUCGUCGCAUACAACGAGCGAGAUGGACACGACCAGUGGCAUGAGCAGUGGCACGACGGGUAGCUACGGCAGCAGUAGCAGUAGUGGCAGUUAUGGCAGCCCCGUUGAUAGCUACGGAACAACAGUUUCUAUGGGUACAACCGGUUCCGGCACAACAACGGGAACUACCGCCAGUGGUCGUGUGAUAACGACCUCCACCGGUACGACGGUAGGACUCAGCACGUACGGAUCAACGACACAGCAACACACACCCUCCGAAACAACCGUAAGCUAUCGGGAUCGUGAUCGCGAUCAUAUUCGUGAGACAACCUACCCGCAAACGCCAACCACGACGGAGGAAGAAAUUGUGGACGUUCACCUACCGACGGACGACGAGGACGAUGGUGAGGAACACCGUACGACCGUCCAUCAAACGCCGAACGGACGUCGACCACCGCCCGUAAAGGUGGCAGAACCACCAAACCCCGAACCAGAACAACCCUACCAACCGCACCCGCAACCAUACCCACCAACACGCCUGCCCAAGCACAAAGGUGGCCGCAUCAAUUCCGAAGCCGAAGAGCGUACUGCCAUGAUCAUCGGUAUUGUAGCCGGCGCAUUGAUUGCCGUCAUUCUCGUUAUCCUGCUCGUGCUGUGGAUCAAAUCGAACGGUGAUCGGUCGUACAAAACCGAACACGACAAGAGUGGACUGUAUGGACAGGGACCUAGCGCAGCUUUGCUAGGUGGAUCGCAUGGCAACUCCGGCACACACAAUGCUCACCACUACAACCAGCAGUCGCAGCAAGCGUCACACCAUCAACCGCAACACCAUCAUCAACCGUCCGCUCCACCGCACUAUAAUGGCGGCCAUCAUUCGAAUGGCGGUAGUACGCUCCCGCUGAACGGGUCGCUUCGACAUCAUGGACCAGGCAAUGGUGCCAUGGGAGCGGGUGGUUCUGGUGGCGGAAUGGGCAUGGGCAGUGGUGGUAACAUGAGUAUGGGUUAUGGAGGACUGAAUGGUAGCGGUAGCGACAAGGGCAGCAUGCAAUCCAGUGGUGGAGGUGGAGUUGGUCCUGGUGGAGGUGGCGGUGGUGGUGGUGGUGGUGGUGGUAUGGGACAACCGCAGCGUAAUAAGAGUCGUAAUUCGAAGGACAUCAAGGAAUGGUACGUCUAA